CCAAAUUGCGCACGAUGAGCCCUAGCACUCGAAAUCACCAAACUACCCCCCUUGGACUGGAUGAAUAAAUUCCGGAUGUCUUGAUCGAAAUCGUUGCGGUUGCUCUCCACUCUGCGAUUUCUUCCCUCCGGAGUCGUUACGAUGGCGGCGAGACUGCAGCAGCUGCGAUCGAAGGCUGUGCAAGCUUCUGGGUUUGUGUGUAAGCACGGAGGCGCUUACUACAAGGAGCUUCUGGAGAAGAACAAACAUCACAUUGUGCAGCCGCCGACCAUCGAAAAGUGCCAAGAAUUGUCAAAGCAGCUCUUUUACACCCGUCUUGCGAGCAUCCCUGGUCGCUAUGAGUCAUUCUGGAAGGAGCUUGAUGGAGUUAAGAACAUAUGGCGAAACAGAAAAGAUCUCAAAGUCGAGGAUGCUGGAAUUGCAGCAUUAUUUGGGCUCGAGUUGUAUGCGUGGUUCUGUGUGGGCGAGAUAGCGGGAAGAGGAUUUACUUUCACUGGUUACUACGUCUAAAAUCUAAAACUAGGUCUGUCUUUUAAGGUUUUUGCUGGCGGAUAAUGGGUUUUUCUUUCAUCACAAUUUUUGAUUUUGCCCACCUAAAUUCAUCAAGCUGCGAGUCAGCUAGACAAAAUUGUAAGUGGAAUAAUUUGGAGGCUUACUUCCCAUCUCAGUCAACUAUGUGCUCUUGCUUUGAGCCAGAUGAAGGAAACUAUUAUCGAGAAGGUUGUAAA